UUUCGCCAGGGGGGCGGCCCCGCCCCGCCCUCCCAGCUCGUGAAGGGCGUCACUUCCGGCGUGUGCGUCCGGCGACCGUCCGGCGCGGGAUGGCGGCUCUACGGAGUUUGCUGUCGCGGAGCGUCGCCUCGCUGUCCAGGUACAGGCGGUGCGUUCCUGUCGUGGCUCACGUGAGGAAGCGCUGUUUCUCAGAGUGGAUACGACCAUGGCACAAAAGCGUGGCGGUGGGAUUUGGUGUGACACUGUGUGCAAUCCCCAUUGCACAGAAGCAGCGUUACCUGGGCGCACUGUGAAAUGGAGCAGUUUCGAAGGCCGAAGUUGGCAGAACGGUGUCGUCGCCCCGCAGUACCAGAAAUCGGAGCCCCACUCGCUUAGCAAUGACGCGUUAAUGAGGAGGGCCGUGUCUUUGGUAACAGACAGCACCUCCACCUUCCUCUCGCAAACCACAUACGCACUGAUUGAAGCGAUCACUGAGUACACUAAGGCUGUUUAUACCUUAAUUUCUCUGUACCGACAAUAUACAAGUUUACUUGGGAAAAUGAACUCACAGGAGGAAGAUGAAGUGUGGCAAGUGAUUAUAGGAGCCAGAGUUGAGAUGACUUCAAAACAGCAAGAAUACUUGAAGCUGGAAACCACUUGGAUGACUGCAGUUGGUCUUUCAGAGAUGGCUGCAGAAGCUGCAUACCAAACUGGAGCCGACCAGGCCUCUAUAACGGCCAGGAGUCACAUCCAGCUGGUGAAGUCGCAGGUGCAGGAAGUGCGCCAGCUCUCCCAGAAAGCGGAAACCAAGCUGGCAGAAGCACAGACAGAAGAGCUCCGUCAGAAAACACGGGAGGACGGGGACGAGCAGGCCGGGCCAGAGCAGGAGGCCUACCUGCGUGAGGAUUGAGGGCCUGCGCCCACUGCCCUGCCUGCCCACUCGGAAAGCAGAGGCGGACGCCAUCCUGUCCAGGGUCUGCACGGCCCUCUGCACACAGGAGGGAGCAGACCCUGCGCUGGCUGACGGGCCAGAGGCCCCUGAGAGCUGGAGCGCCUGCCCUGGCCUCCGGUCUUAGCCCAGGGCACUGCGCUGUGCGCCGUUUCCCAGCGGUGCAGCCACGCUCUCCCCACUGAUCUCUGUACCUCACAGCCAAAGCAUCUCGCCAGCCUGGGCCAGAGAGGGUCGUUUUCUGUCGUGUCCUUUAUGCUCAGUAGCUGUUUAACCUCACUUUUCCAUCUUAUUUACGUUUUCAAAUGUGAUUUAGUACUCGCUCCCUCCACAGGGGUGGAGUUUGGCGGGGAAGGGGUAGCCCAUCCAGUUAGUGCGCGUCCUUGCCAGAGUUCCUGACGCCCUCUCUGAUCAGGCUGCUGCUGAGGCGGAGUCUCAUUAAGGGAGGGAACGCAGUGCUGGCCUGUGUCCCCAGCAGGACCGAAUCUAACACGCCUCGGUUCCUCCUUUCCUUUAGUUUCUUCUUAUAUCCAAAGGAGAAGAAUUGUGUUUGCACUGAACAAA